AUGGCGGCGCUCAGCGUAGGGCGGACGGCUGCCGGGGGUCUCCUGCGUGCCCAGAGCCUUGGGGUGUGGAGGGGUCUGCGUUCCUCUGCCGCUCUCCAGCAGAUCCCACGGGCCAAGUCAGACAAUGCCAGGUCAGAGAGCACCUUCCAGGUCACCAUGGUGCCCGGGGACGGCGUGGGCCCCGAGCUGAUGCACGCCGUCAAGGAGGUCUUCAAGGCUGCCAGCGUGCCUGUGAUCUUUGACGAGCACCACCUGAGCGAGGUGCAGAACAUGGCCUCAGAAACAAAACUGGAUGAGGUGGUUGGCUCCAUGAAGGAAAGCAAAGUGGCCUUGAUAGGGAAGAUCCACACCCCCAUGGAGUACAAGGGAGAGCUGGCUUCCUAUGACAUGAGGCUCAGGCGCAAGCUGGACCUGUUUGCCAACGUGGUGCAUGUGAAGAGCCUGUCAGGCUACCAGACACGCCACAACAACCUGGACCUCGUCAUCAUCCGCGAGCAGACCGAGGGGGAGUACAGCGCCCUGGAGCACGAGAGUGUCAAGGGUGUCAUUGAGUGCCUGAAGAUCGUCACCCGGGCCAAGUCCCAGCGCAUCGCCAAGUUCGCCUUCGACUACGCCACCAAGAAAGGGCGCUCCAAGGUCACAGCCGUGCACAAAGCCAACAUCAUGAAAUUAGGUGACGGACUCUUCCUGCGCUGCUGUGAGGAAGUGGCAGAGCUGUACCCCAAGAUCAAAUUUGAUACCAUGAUCAUUGACAACUGCUGCAUGCAGCUGGUGCAGAACCCCUACCAGUUUGACGUCCUGGUGAUGCCAAACCUCUAUGGGAACAUCGUGGAUAACCUGGCAGCAGGGCUGGUGGGCGGCGCCGGCGUGGUGCCCGGUGAGAGCUACAGCGCCGAGUACGCCGUGUUCGAGAUGGGCGCCCGGCACCCCUUUGCCCAGGCUGUGGGCAGGAACAUCGCCAACCCCACUGCCAUGCUGCUCUCGGCCUCCAACAUGCUGCGGCACCUCAACCUGGAAUUCCAUGCCAACCUGAUCUCAGAUGCGGUGAAGAAGGUGAUCAAAGGUGGCAAAGUUCGGACACGGGACUUGGGCGGUUACUGCACCACCUCUGACUUCGUCAAGUCUGUGAUUGACAGCCUGCACCCCCACUAUGGUGCCUAGGAGCCCCCCAC